AUGAAGUCCUUUAUUUUACUUUUAGGGCUCUUUGUGGGGCCCCAGUUUGUUAUCCUCACUCGUCGUUUUGACAGUGAUAAAGUGUUUCGGAUGAGACCGCAGAAUGAAGAACAAGUGACCUUCCUAAAGGAUCUGGCCUCUUCAGUACAGCCUGACUUCUGGCAUCCUCCUUCAGUACAUCAUAUUGCUGUUCAAACAGAUGUGGAUUUCCGUGUCAGUGCAGAGCAAGCUAACUAUGUCCAGAUGAUGCUGGAGCAGAACAAGAUGAAACAUGAAAUCAUAGUCCAUAAUCUACAAGAAGAGAUUGAAAACCAGUUGGAUGGGGGGAAACAUUUCCGUGAGAAGUACAGAUACACGAGAUACAAUGAGUGGGAAAAGAUUGCUUCAUGGACUGAAAAAAUGGCUACAAAUUACCCCAAGUUGGUGUCCCGGAUUCAGAUUGGAAAGACCUAUGAAGAGCGUCCCAUGUACCUUCUUAAGGUUGGGAAGGAGAGUGGCAAAAAGAAAGUCAUCUUUAUGGACUGUGGUAUUCAUGCACGGGAGUGGAUCAGUUCAGCCUUCUGCCAAUGGUUUGUAAUGCAGGCUGUCAGAACAUAUGGAAAUGACAAGGUCAUGACAAAACUGUUGGAUAAUUUGAACUUCUAUGUGGUUCCUGUGUUGAAUAUUGAUGGCUACAUCUGGACAUGGACUCAAGAUCGCAUGUGGAGAAAAAAUCGUGACAAUAAAACCAACAGUGAUUGUAUUGGCACUGAUCUGAACAGGAAUUUCAAUGCUUCUUGGGGUGUUGAAGCUGAAUAUGACUUACACGAACCUUGUGAAGAAAUAUACUGUGGAGCUUCUGCAGAAUCUGAGCCAGAAACAAAAGCAGUGGCGAACUUCAUUCGUGACCAUCUUGCCUCCAUCAAAGGAUACAUAAGCUUCCAUUCCUACUCUCAGUUGUUGCUGUUUCCUUAUGGAUAUACAAACGCAAAAGUACCAAAUCAUGAGGAACUGGAAAGAGUGGCUAAAGGUGCAGUGGAAGCAUUAUCUAGUCUCUAUAAUACCAAGUAUGUAUACGGAGCAGCUGCCCCAACAAUUUACCCUUGCACUGGUUCCUCUUUAGACUGGGCUUACGACAUGGGCAUUAAGUAUUCAUUUGUGUUUGAACUUCGUGACCGUGGCCGGCAUGGGUUUCUUCUCCCUGAAUCAAAGAUUGCACCAACCUGCAAGGAAACUAUGCUGGCUGUCAAACACAUUGCCAAUUAUAUCCUCAGCUCUGCUCAAUGAAGACAUAUUCAUAUUUGCUUACAAAAGGAAUCCUCUGCUACCAUUUCUCUUCUUUUUCUUUGAAUUCCUACUCUAUGGAUUUGCCCCCCCAUUGCUUUUUGUCUGUGGCAUGAUUCUCUUCUGUCAUGUUCAACAGCCUUCAGACCUUUGUACCACACUGAUAACCUAACCAGGCUUUGUAGUUUUCCUCUUUGCUCCAGAACAUCCUUCAUUUCAUCUUGAUAAAUACCAUUCCAAAUAUUUUAGGAACUGAUUUUCUUCUAGCCUGACAUCAGUUGAGCUGCUUUUGAAUACAAGGUGAUUCACUCAGUCCUUUUGGUAAGGAGAACAGUUGACUUAAUCCAAAUUUAUUGAGACACACAUAUUUCCAUUGGAUCACUCAUCUUGGAUGAGAUACAGCCAAAAGACAUGACAGAUGCAGCGCAAGUCAAUUCAGAAUACUUAAAUGGAGACUUGAUACAAAUCAGGAGUCCUACACCAGACUCCUGUGUUUAUUUGAAAGUGAGAGAGAUGUGGCUGCUUGCUACAUCUUCAAAGUAAUGCAUGGCUUGGCCUGUGCUCCCAAAUAAGUACACACAAAACUGCAGCUCAAGGCCAAGUAAGCAGUUUUAGAACCAGACUGAAAAAGUGCCUCCAAGUCUCUUUCCAUAAUUCAUUUGCCCAUAUGAAUGCUAUUAAAAUAGAAAGAGCAAGGAGCCAUUUUAAAAUCAAAAUCCAGAGGGAUGUCAUAAUGUUUGCCAGCACCAAAGCUGAAUAUAUAAAAUCCUUGUAAGGUUUACAAUCACCAAUGCAGCACAAGCUCCAUCACUGUUGUGUGGGAAAAAAAUGCAACCAUCUUCUCAGGUCAUUAACUGUUGUUAAUACAAUUGAGUAAUGUGUUGGCCAUGCCUGAAAAUUGAAUGCAAAGCCAACAUUGUUGGCAACAGUGGAUGCUUGAUUUAUCAUUGGUCUCAUACUCUCUCACACACAUUAACUAAUGUUCAUUAGUGAUAUAUUUUGGAGUUUGGUUAGCAGUGGGUUAACUUGUUCUUCCUGGUAGUAGCUUCCUAGUUUUCCUUAUAAAAUUAAACGGUAAAUACUUGGCCUUGGAACAUUCUCCAUACUUUCAUCUCAUCCUUCUUCCCAUGCCCUCUGUGAACCUCUCCUGAAACCACUGCCUGUUCCAAAUUUAGUUUUCCAGCAUGUGCUGAUAUUCCUGGACAUAGUCUUCCACUUCUGUUUUUCCAUUGCAGUCCUCGAUGUAGAAGCACUGAACUCCAUCAGAGCUACUUUUCUGCAAGGUUUUCUCUUGUGGCUAUGAUGGAUAGGAUGAACAGUACACAGCCAUUUACUCAGAGUUGACCAGGCAGCCUCCUUCCCAGACAAUUGGCCCUACCGUAUUGUCUAUAAUAUUCACACACACACACACACA